AAGGUGAUGGAUGGAAUGCACCUCUCCGAAAGCUGUCGAGUUCGGGAAACAAAGGCCGGGCGAGGCCAGGAGGAGGAGGAGCGGCGGGACUGGGCGCUCCGGGACGUCGGCCGCUCCAGGGCUGCAGACGUGCCCGGGGCCGAGCCGGCGCGCACCAAGCGGCCGCGGCUCAGGGCGCAGCCGGCCGGGAGCUCUGCCCCCCGCCCGCGGCGCGGCGCCUCGGAGGGCCGGGGCCAGGCAGCCGCCGAGAGCCGGGCGGGGCUCAGGUCGGCCCGCGGUGGGCGGGGGUUGCCCCCCGUCCCCGCCCUCCACAUCCGGGGGCCCGGCCGGGCUUGGGGCUGGCCGAGCGCCGGUGAGUCAGGCCGGGUUUUUCCUCCGCCUCUGGGGCAGGCGAGUGAGCGCCGCCGAGUGCGUCCCUCCCUCGCCAAUCCGGCUCCGGCGGCCGCCCGCCCGCCCGCGUUUUCCCGGGGCCCGCCGCCCGGCCUCUCCGGCCCGGCUCGCAGUCCGGGCUGGAGCCAGCGCCUCGGAGGGAGGGCUCAAAUCCGCGCCAGGGAGCUGCUGCGCGCGAGGGGUGCGGAGCGGCGCCAGCAUGAAGCAGCUGCCCGUGCCCUGUUGAACUUCAUGGCCACAGCCCCAGGCCCUGUUGGCAUUGCCAUGGGCAGCGUGGGCAGCCUGUUGGAACGGCAGGACUUCUCCCCUGAAGAGCUUCGGGCAGCGCUGGCAGGGUCUCGGAGCUCCCGCCAGCCUGAUGGGCUCCUCCGGAAGGGCUUGGGCCAGCGCGAGCUCCUCAGCUACUUGCACCUCCCCAAGAAGGAUGGCAAAACCGCCAAGCGGGCCUCUCGGAAUGAGCCUGCCAGCUAUGCCACCCUCUACUACCAGGAACAUCCUCGGGUGGGUGACUUCAGCAAGACCUCGCUGCCAGAGCGGGGUCGCUUCGACAAGUGCCGCAUUCGCCCGUCAGUGUUCAAGCCUGUGGCAGGCACGGGGAAAGGCUUCCUGUCCAUGCAGAGCCUGGCGGCCCACAAGGGCCAGAAGCUGUGGCGCAGCAACGGCAGCCUACACACGUUAGCCUGCCACCCGCCCCUUAGCCCAGGGCCCCAGGCCAGCCAGGCACAGGCCCGUGCCCAGCUGCUGCAUGCCCUCAGCCUGGACGAAGGCGGCCCCGAGCCCGAGCCCAGCCUGUCCGACUCCUCCAGCGGAGGCAGCUUUGGCCGUAGUCCCAGCACCGGCACCGGCCCCUUCAGCUCCUCACUGGGCCACAUCAACCAUCUUGGGGGCUCCCUGGACCGGGCCGCAAGGGGCCCCAAGGAGGCUGGGCCACUGGCUGUGCUGAGCUGCCUGCCUGAGCCACCGCCCCCCUAUGAAUUCUCCUGCCCCACUGCUGAGGAGGUGGUGGCCAUGCUGCCCAACACUUGUGAGGAGCUCAAGAUGGGCCUCGCAGAUGAGGAUGUCUCCAACCCCUUCACGCAGGUGCUGGAGGAGCGCCAGCGGUUGUGGCUGGCUGAGCUGAAGCGCCUCUAUGUGGAGCGGCUGCACGAGGUAGCUCAGAAGGCCGAGCGCAGUGAGCGCAACCUGCAGCUACAGCUGUUCAUGGCCCAACAGGAGCAGCGGCGCCUGCGCAAGGAGCUGCGGGCACAGCAGGGCCUGACCCCCGAGCCCCGCUUCGCAGAGGCCGACCCCAGCGCCCGACCGGAGGAGGAAACCAGAUGGGAGGUGUGCCAGAAGCAAGCAGAGAUUAGCCUCCUGAAGCAGCAGUUGCGGGAGGCCCAGGCCGAGCUGGCACAGAAGCUGGCUGAGAUCUUCAGCCUGAAGACGCAACUUCGGGGCAGCAGGGCACAAGCCCAGGCCCAGGACACAGAGCUGGCCCGGCUGCGCGAGGCAGUGCGAAGCCUCCAGGAGCAGGCCCCUCGGGAGGAAGCCGCAGGCAGCUGCGAGACCGAUGACUGCAAGAGCCGGGGACUGCUGGGGGAGGCAGGAGGCAGUGAGGCCGGAGGUGGCACCGAGCAGCUGCGGGCCGAGCUGCUGCAGGAGCGGCUCCGCGGGCAGGAGCAGGCGCUCCGCUUUGAGCAGGAGCGGCAGACGUGGCAGGAAGAGAAAGAGCGGGUGCUGCGCUACCAGCGGGAGAUCCAGGGGGGCUACAUGGACAUGUACCGCCGCAACCAGGCACUGGAGCAGGAGCUGCGCGUGCUGAGAGAGCCCUCCACAGCCUGGAGUCCUCGGCUUGAGUCCUCCAAGAUCUGAGGCCAGUGGAAGCCGCCUAGAGCGAAUGCACUGUCAGAAGUGCCCUGCCCUGCCACAGUGGACAAGCCCGCCCUACCACGGUGGCUUCUGCCUUACAGUGGUCUGGGGCAGAGUCUGCUGAGGCCGGCCAGGGAUAGGGAGGCCCCCAGUGGUUCUGGGGGCUGGACAGGGUACCAGCAGCAAGAGCCAGGGCAAAGCCCUCCUGGCAGGAGCACCCAGGCAGGGCCCAGCCCUGCUCCCAGGAGUCGGUGUGGCCCAGGGAAGGAGGCUGGGGAAUGAAGAGCCCUGGUGCAGAAGGGCAGGCUAGAUGGUGGGAGGCUGGAAUGGGAACACUGGUCUCCCCAAGAAUAAAACCACGUUUUCUAUGAGGA